GCCUCGCUUUCCCCGAGGUCGGACACCAGAGUGGAAUACUUGGUCUCCGAGCAGAGUUCCUCGCUGGAACUUCCUCUACCAGUAGAUUCUUCACACACCUCGAACAUUCUGUACUACGCCAUUUUUCAUCCAUAUUCCGGUUUGGUGCAAAGCAUUUUUAAGAAAUUUGUAUAACCAACACGCAGUGGAGGGAAAGAUGGGUAGUAGUGAACAUCACCCUCUUCACAUCUUCUUCUUCCCCUUCUUGGCUCCUGGCCAUAUGAUACCGACAGUUGAUAUGGCAAAAUCAUUUGCUGAAAAGGGUGUGAAGGCCACUAUAAUCACCACACCCCUCAAUGCUCCUUUCAUCUUCAAGGCCAUUGGAAAAUCCAAAACUAACGGCAACGGGGUUCACAUCCAAACCAUUCACUUCCCUUCUGCGGAGGCUGGUUUACCUGAUGCCUGUGAAAACUUGGACUCAAUUCCUUCUCCAGAUCUGAUUGAAGCCUUCUUUUUUGCCACAGCUUUGCUUCAAGAGCAGCUUGAGCAACUGUUACUCAAACAACGUCCCAAUUGCAUUGUCGCUGAUUUUUUCUUCCCAUGGACUGCUGAUUCUGCCGCCAAGUUUGGAAUACCUAGGCUCGUCUUCCAUGGAAGUGGUUUCUUCUUCUUGUGUGCUUCCACGUGUUUGAAACUGUACGAGCCUUACAAGGAUGUUUCAUCUGAUUCUGAGUUGUUCCUCGUUCCUAAUCUUCCGGGAGAGAUUAAAAUCUCAAGGAUGGAGCUGCCACCAUUUGUCACGAGUAAGGAGAAGACAGCCUUCGCCAAAUUGCUGGAAGAGGCAAAGGAAUCAGAGGAGAGGAGUUAUGGGGUUGUUGUUAAUAGCUUCUACGAACUUGAGAAGGUCUAUGCAGAUCAUUUCAGGAAGGUGUUUGGAAGAAAGGCAUGGCAUAUUGGUCCCUUGUCUCUUUGCAACAAAGAUGCAGAAGAGAAAGCACAUAGAGGAAAGGAGGCAUGUAUUGAUGAGCAUGAGUGUCUGAAAUGGCUUGAGAUAAAGAAACCAAAUUCAGUUGUUUACGUGUGCUUUGGAAGUAUAUCAAUGUUCUCUGAUUCUCAACUUAGAGAGAUUGCUAUUGGUCUGGAGGCUUCAGGGCAACCAUUCAUGUGGGUGGUGAGGAAAAGCAAAGAAGAUGGAGUUGAAUGGUUACCUGAUGGAUUUGAGAAAAGAAUGAAAGGUAAGGGACUAAUCAUAAGAGGGUGGGCACCUCAAGUGCUAAUUCUUGAACAUGAGGCAAUUGGAGCGUUUGUGACUCAUUGUGGAUGGAAUUCAACUUUGGAAGCAGUGUCUGCAGGGGUUCCUAUGGUCACUUGGCCUAUUGCUGCAGAGCAAUUUUUCAAUGAGAAGUUGGUGAUUGAGGUCCUGAAAAUAGGGGUGCCUGUUGGUGCUAAAAAAUGGUCACAAUUAGAGGUGGAUAGUAUUAGAUGUGAUGCGGUGGAGGAGGCAGUGAAGAGGAUACUCACCGGGGAAGAAGCCAUUGAUAUGAAAAACAAAGCGCAGAGGCUUUCGCACUUGGCCAAGCAGGCUGUGCUUGAAGGAGGAUCAUCAUACUCAGAUUUGAAUGCUUUAAUUGGGGAGUUGAGUUCAUUGAGCCUCUAAUAUACAUCACCACAACACAAUCCAAAUGUGAAGUUCAUUUCCUCUCAUGAUGUUAUUUUGCUAUUUUAAAUUACUUUUCUAUGAUUGAACUAGAAUAGUUUGAAGUCCUAUAAACUUAUAUUUAAAUAUGCUUUAUUCAACAUAACCCUGUUAAAACGUUCUGUCUCAUUCUUCUUUUAAAGUUUCCCUGCAAACUGAUAUAAUGUGUUACAAAAUUGGUGGAAGGUGGGGGAAGUGUUCAUACUUAGUCUUAUA